GCAAAACGUUUUGGACUAAUGAUUACAACCCAGAUAUAGUAGCGCUGUUUUGUUCGCGCAUGUUCACUGUGAACUUUAGUCUAUUGUGUAUAACAGUGCCAGGCAGCAUCAUGUCACUGCUUAGCCUUGUGGAUGAAGCCAUCAAGUUGUGCGAAGUAGAGGAGACCAAGAUAAACGAGAACAUCAUUCAAUACAGGGAGAUACUGCGCUCUUUGUAAGUACAAUAACACCUCCACGUUCAUUGCUAUCUGUUACGCUAAUGGUCUAAAGUUGUUCUGUAUGAGUACGUAACUAGAUAGGCCUAUGUUUUAACUUGCUUGGCAUCUGAUCAUUCACCAGGAGACCACAGCAGGAAGACUGCAAGGAAAUAAAACUGACAGAUGAUGUUGAAAUGGGUAUGAUGAUGAUCCACAAUCUGUUAUUUACUCUGAAAGCCCAGUGUACUAGUAGUAACUGGAUAUGGUCAUAUUUGUUUUAGUUUUUUGUAUCUACAUUGUCAGCAUAUUUGUAUCUUUCUGUGUUUAGACCCAGAUGUCCAACCGGAGGAGAGACAGGAGAUGGAACUGCUGAAUCGAAUGCUGGAGAAGGCCCUCAGAGUUCGUGUUGGCACAGCACCCCAAAAAGACCCUCAGAACUGUACAGGACCAAAGAAAGAACCAGUGGACACUACACAUUGCAAAGGAAGGGCUCUGACCCCAGGUGGCACCAAAGGGAAUAGAAAUGGCUUUAAAACUACCUCCAGACCCAUCACGGUGGACAAAAAAGAGUCCAGGAAGUCUUCUGCGUCCCAUCUCUAUAGGGAUGGAAGGGGGAGGAUGGGUCAUCUGGUAGGUCAUUCAGGACAAGGCAGGGCUAGCAUGAUCAGAGGCUCUGUCCAGAUCCAGAAACAAUCUGUCGUGUCACCAAAGGGGUUUCAUCCCCAGUCCUCUGGGAAAGCAGUGAAGCAGGCUGGUCCUCCAGGUCCUGUGUCUAAUGAUCAGGGUCAAUCACCACAGGCCUCAUCAGCACAUCAUCAGGUUGAGGUGUCCCACAGGUGCAUGUCAGCUGCAGCCACUUCCUUCCAGCCCCCUAACGAGGACCCGGUGUCUGUUUCACACAUGGAGGGGACGCCAAAAGCACAUGUCGUUUCACCUCCACAGAAUGGGUCUGUGACAGUGUCAAAUUCCUUUGCCAAAAGCAACAUAGCAAAUGAAAAUGGAACUUCAAAGUACCAUACUGAUAUCGUUAAGAAGUUGGCUAGAAGCAACUCAACAUUGGUGAUAUAAUAUGACUAGUCUGUUGUGACACUAAGUAGUUUGAGUGUGGUUUAAUGACACUACAUGUUUGAUUGUGUUUUUGUGGCAGGGUUCCCUCCCAGUUGUUAACUAAAUGGAUCAGUCUAAGGACCAAACAAACCAGGUCAGCCAGUGAAUCAUAUCUUCUGUGGAUGAAAUGUCUGACUCAUAUCAUCCUCCAUGUAACAGUUUCCAUCCAGUGUUCUGUAAUGCAUGCAUAAUUUUCUCUAAUGUAUUAUGUGCAAAAGGGUCAAUUCCCUGUGCACAGCAGUGUGUCCAGGUGCAUGUGCUAUGGUUCUGGCAGGAACAGCUAACUAGGUAUCCAAAACAAAUGUCCACAAAGUGAUUUUUUUUUUUUUCUUCUACACGUCUUUUGCAUACUCAUUGAUGUUGAGCUGUCUUUGGUUGGGAAACAAGAAGUAGGCUAUACAUGUAAACCACAGGAGGUUGGUGGCACCUUAAUUGGGGAGGACGGGCUUGUGGUAAUGGCUGGAGCAGAAUCAGUGGAAUGGUAUCAAAUAGAUAAAACACAUGGUUUGAAGCCAUUCCAUUUGCUCCGUUCUGGCCAUUAUUAUGAGCCGUCCUCCCCUCAGCAGCCUCCGCUGAUGUAUACUUGUAUACCACUGUAUUGGUGGCUGGGACAUUCAUUUGACCCUUUCAGGGUUUUUUCUACCCUCAGGUUAUGGGACAAGGUCCUGGCUCAACAAUCCAAACCUGUGGCGGAGAGGAGUCACUUCAUGGAGAGAGUGAAAGCCACUGUAUCCUUCCUCAGAUGAACUGAACAUUUAACACCCACAUAUAGCUAAACCUGAUUUAAUGCACCCUCUUGCUUUACGUUAAAUCUAUGCAUUAAUGAGUAGUUACAUAGUGUUUUAAUAAUAUAUCUUAGAUGUGACAUGGGACCUGCAGAGAUAUCAAUCGUUCAUUUCAACGAGUAUAAACUCGUUACUAAUUAUCUCACUCCCACUCGUUCACACAGCCCAUGUAAGAAAAAUUAGCACGGCAUCAAAUUCAGUGUCUACCAGCGUUUCUCAAAAUAACACACAGAAAAUUCAAUGUGUGUGCGCGUGCAUAUGAGUGUCUUCUAAUAUAAUCUCCCAGAGUCUUGUCUGCUUGUUCUCCUUGACCCGUCCACUUAUGGGUCAGUUCCCCAGAGAGUGGCCAACCAGUGGCAGCCCGGCCGACCCCGGGGCUCAGGUGGACAGACUGACACAGCUUUGCACGGACCUGAGUCAUUGCUACCAAAGCGAGCGGCUGCUGCUGACUUGCCAGACCUUCAGAACCACUGGCACUGAGCCAGGUACCAGCCCAGCCAGAGGAGAUGCAGAGGGGGGGUGGAAGAAGGGAUGAGUAGCAGAAAUUGUGGAGAACUAGUAAGAAAUAGGAAAUUACAGAAGUGGGGGGGAAGGGAGAGAUGGAGAACUGGUAGGAGAUUACAGAAGUGUGGGCGAUGAGAAAACAAGAGUCUGGAGAAGGGGUCCAUUUAUCCAAAAACUAAGGAUUUAGUUAGCUUAGAAAUUAGAACGUUCAGUGUUAAUAAUUUUUCAGCUCAUCACCUCUUAGUCCUCUGGACUCAUUAAGUGCUGAACUUAUUAAUUCUGCUGAAGGCUUUAGCGUUAGCAAUCAUUUGACAGAUCUGUUUUUAUGCUACAGAUAACAAUUAAUUACAGUAACUUCUAAUGAGUAAUGUAAAGCAAUUAGAUACAGCAAAACCUUUACAUUUUUUAUAGCACCAUUACAAUACAUUUGAGAUUGAUUUGCAUUGCGCUUUAUCACUGCAUUUGUUUAAUUUCAUGUCCAAAUACUGAAGAGAGAGUAAUUAUUUGUCAAUGUGUAGUAAUAAUAAUGCUUAGCGCAUGUCUGUUAUAUACACACACACAGUGAGGGAAAAAAGUUGGAUCCCCUGCUGAUUUUGAAAGUUUGCCCACUGACAAAGACAUGAUCAGUUUAUAAUUUUAAUGGUAGGUUUAUUUGAACAGUGAGAGACAGAAUAACAAAACUAAAAAUGCAUGUCAAAAAUGUUAUAAAUUGAUUUGCAUUUUAAUGAGGGAAAUAAGUAUUUGACCCCCUCUCAAUCAGAAAGAUUUCUGGCUCCCAGGUGUCUUUUAUACAGGUAACGAGCUGAGAUUAGGAGCAGACACUUAAAGGGAGUGCUCCUAAUCUCAGUUUGUUACCUGUAUAAAAGACACCUGUCCACAGAAGCAAUCAAUCAAUCAGAUUCCAAACUCUCCACCAUGGCCAAGGUCAAAGAGCUCUCCAAGGAUGUCGGGACAAGAUUGUAGACCUACACAAGGCUGGAAUGGUCUACAAGACCAUCGCCAAGCAGCUUGGUGAGAAGGUGACAAUAGUUGGUGCGAUUAUUCGCAAAUGGAAGAAAGACAAAAGAACUGUCAAUCUCCCUCGGCAUGGGGCUCCAUGCAAGAUCUCACCUUGUGGAGUUGCAAUGAUCAUGAGAACGGUGAGGAAUCAGCCCAGAACUACACGGGAGGAUCUUGUCAAUGAUCUCAAGGCAGCUGGGACCAUAGUCACCAAGAAAACAAUUGGUAACACUAUGCCGUGAAGGACUGAAAUCCUGCAGCGCCCGCAAGGUCCCCCUGCUCAAGAAAGCACAUAUACAGGCCCGUCUGAAGUUUGCCAAUGAACAUCUGAAUGAUUCAGAGGAGAACUGGUUGAAAGUGUUGUGGUCAGAUGAGACCAAAAUGGAGCUCUUUGGCAUCAACUCAACUCGCCGUGUUUGGAGGAGGAGGAAUGCUGCCUAUGACCCCAAGAACACCAUCCCCACCGUCAAACAUGGAGGUGGAAACAUUAUGCUUUGGGGGUAUUUUUCUGCUAAGGGGACAGGACAACUUCACCGCAUCAAAGGGACGAUGGACGGGGCCUUGUACCUCCUUCCCUCAGCCAGGGCAUUGAAAAUGGGUCGUGGAUGGGUAUUCCAGCAUGACAAUGACCCAAAACACACGGCCAAGGCAACAAAGGAGUGGCUCAAGAAGAAGCACAUUAAGGUCCCUGAGUGGCCUAGCCAGUCUCCAGACCUUAAUCCCAUAGGUCAAAAUCCCAAAUCUGUGGAGGGAGCUGAAGGUUUGAGUUGCCAAACGUCAGUCUCGAAACCUUAAUGACUUGGAGAAGAUCUGCAAAAAGGAGUGGGAGAAAAUCCCUCCUGAGAUGUGUGCAAACCUGGUGGCCAACUACAAGAAACGUCUGACCUCUGUGAUUGCCAACAAGGGUUUUGCCACCAAGUACUAAGUCAUGUUUUGCAGAGGGGUCAAAUACUUAUUUCCCUCAUUAAAAUGCAAAUACAUUUCUAACAUUUUUGGCAUGCGUUUUUCUGGAUAUAUUUGUUAUUCUGUCUCUCACUGUUCAAAUAAACCUACCAUUAAAAUUAUAGACUGAUCAUGUCUUUGUCAGUGGGCAAACGUACAAAAUCAGCAGGGGAUCAAAUACUUUUUUCCCUCACUGUAUGUGUGUAUAUACAGUGGGGGAAAAAAGUAUUUAGUCAGCCACCAUUUGUGCAAGUUCUCCCACUUAAAAAGAUGAGAGAGGCCUGUAAUUUUCAUCAUAGGUACACGUCAACUAUGACAGACAAAAUGAGGGGAAAAAAAUCCAGAAAAUCACAUUGUAGGAUUUUUUAUGAAUUUAUUUGCAAAUUAUGGUGGAAAAUAAGUAUUUGGUCAAUAUCAAAAGUUUCUCAAUACUUUGUUAUAUACCCUUUGUUGGCAAUGACACAGGUCAAACGUUUUCUGUAAGUCUUCACAAGGUUUUCACACACUGUUGCUGGUAUUUUGGCCCAUUCCUCCAUGCAGAUCUUUUCUAGAGCAGUGAUGUUUUGGGGCUGUCGCUGGGCAACACAGACUUUCAACUCCCUCCAAAGAUUUUCUAUGGGGUUGAGAUCUGGAGACUGGCUAGGCCACUCCAGGACCUUGAAAUGCUUCUUACGAAGCCACUCCUUCGUUGCCCGGGCGGUGUGUUUGGGAUCAUUGUCAUGCCGAAAGACCCAGCCACGUUUCAUCUUCAAUGCCCUUGCUGAUGGAAGGAGGUUUUCACUCAAAAUCUCACGAUACAUGGCCCCAUUCAUUCUUUCCUUUACACGGAUCAGUCGUCCUGGUCCCUUUGCAGAAAAACAGCCCCAAAGCAUGAUGUUUCCACCCCCAUGCUUCACAGUAGGUAUGGUGUUCUUUGGAUGCAACUCAGCAUUCUUUGUCCUCCAAACACGACGAGUUGAGUUUUUACCAAAAAGUUCUAUUUUGGUUUCAUCUGACCAUAUGACAUUCUCCCAAUCCUCUUCUGGAUCAUCCAAAUGCACUCUAGCAAACUUCAGACGGGCCUGGACAUGUACUGGCUUAAGCAGGGGGACACGUCUGGCACUGCAGGAUUUGAGUCCCUGGCGGUGUAGUGUGUUACUGAUGGUAGGCUUUGUUACUUUGGUCCCAGUUCUCUGCAGGUCAUUCACUAGGUCCCCCCGUGUGGUUCUGGGAUUUUUGCUCACCAUUCUUGUGAUCAUUUUGACCCCACAGGGUGAGAUCUUGCGUGGAGCCCCAGAUCGAGGGAGAUUAUCAGUGGUCUUGUAUGUCUUCCAUUUCCUAAUAAUUGCUCCCACAGUUGAUUUUUUGUUUCUGGUGUCCUUUGACAGCUCUUUGGUCUUGGCCAUAGUGGAGUUUGGAGUGUGACUGUUUGAGGUUGUGGACAGGUGUCUUUUAUACUGAUAACAAGUUCAAACAGGUGCCAUUAAUACAGGUAACGAGUGGAGGACAGAGGAGCCUCUUAAAGAAGAAGUUACAGGUCUGUGAGAGGCAGAAAUCUUGCUUGUUUGUAGGUGACCAAAUACUUAUUUUCCACCAUAAUUUGCAAAUAAAUUCAUUAAAAAUCCUACAAUGUGAUUUUCUGGAGAAAAAAAAUCUAAAUUUGUCUGUCAUAGUUGACGUGUACCUAUGAUGAAAAUUACAGGCCUCUCUCAUCUUUUUAAGUGGGAGAACUUGCACAAUUGGUGGCUGACUAAAUACUUUUUUUCCCCACUGUAUAUGUGUAUGUAUAUACUACCAGUCAAAAGUUUGGACACACCUACUCAUUCAAGGGUUUUUCUUUAUUUUUACUAUUUUCUACGUUGUAGAAAACACAUGGAAUCAUGUAGUAACCAAAAAAGUGUUUUUUGAUUUGUUUAACACUUCUUUGGUUACUACAUGAUUCCAUAUGGGUUAUUUCAUAGUUUUGAUGUCUUCACUAUUAUUCUACAAUGUAGAAAAUAGUAAAAAUAAAGAAAAACCCUUGAAUGAGUAAGUGUGUCCAAACUUUUGACUGGUACUGUACAUACAUACAUACAUACAGUGCCUUCGGAAAGUAUUCAGACCCCUUGACUUUUUCCACAUUUUGUUAAGUUACAGCCUUGUUCUACAAUGGAUUAAAUUGUUUUUCAAUCUACACACAAUACCCCAUAAUGACAAAGCAAAAACGGGUUUUUAGCAAGUCCUUUAGGGGACUUUUGGCAAACUCCAAGCGGGCUGUCGUGCCUUUUACUGAGGAGUGUCUUCCGUCUGGCCACUCUACCAUAAAGGCCUGAAUGGUGGAGUGCUGCAGAGAUGGUUGUCCUUCUGGAAGGUUCUCCCGUCUCCACAGAAGAACUCUGUAGCCCUGUCAGGGUGACCAUCAGGUUCUUAGUCACCUCCCUGACCAAGGCCCUUCUCCCCCGAUUGCUCAGUUUGGCCAGGCGGCCAGCUCUAGGAAGAGUCUUGGUUGUUCCAAACUUCUUCCAUUUAAGAAUGAUGUAGGCCACUGUGUCCUUGGAGACCUUCAAUGCUGCAGUAAUGUUUUGGUACCCUUCCCCAGAUCUGUGCCUCGACACAAUCCUGUCUCGGAGCUCUAUGGACAAUUCCUUCGACCUCAUGGCUUGGUUUUUGCUCUGACAUGCACUGUGAACUGUGUAACCUUAUAUAGACAGAUGUGUGCCUUUCCAAACCAUGUCCAAUCAAUUGAAUUUACCACAGGUGGACUCCAAGUUGUAGAAACAUCUCAAGGAUGAUCAAUGGAGACAGGAUGCACCUGAGCUCAAUUUCGAGUCUGAUAGCAAAGGGUCUGACUACUUAUGUAAAUAAGGUAUUUCUGUUUUUAAUUUUUAAUACAUUUGCUAAUAUUUCUAAAAAAACAGUUUUUGCUUCGUCAUUAUGGAGUAUUGUGUGUAGAUCAAUGAGGAAAAAAAUAUUUUAAUCCAUUUUAGAAUAAGGCUGUAACAUAACAUAAAAAGGGGUCUGAAUACUUUCAAAAUUCACUGUUUAUUUAUUUAUUGUUUCUUUGUUAUUAUGUGAAGCAACAUGCCAGAAUAGGGAAUAUGAAUCCUUGCUGAUGCUGGAAGGCCUGGAGAAGAUGGUGGCAGACCUCCUGAAACGUGCUGGACAGCUGAGAAAAGGUACUACAUCUUGCUUCACUCUAUACACUCACUCACACACAUCUCCACUCGAAGUGAGAGCUCUCCCUCUCAAUGUUUUUCACUGGCACAGUGUAGAGUAUAAUCAAAUGUCAAGAGAAUUAGUUCGGAUUUGAAAAAUCAGUCUUGGAAAGUAGGUAUAUUACCCUCCAAUUCCCCAUUUACUGACUUUUCCAGGGACUUAACUUGUGGUGAAAUUGUGACCUUUUGCAAUUUAUUCACCCAGCAGAAUUUAAAUUAGCCUAUAUAGCAUCUCACAGUAUAAUGCAACAUAUUCUCCACGGCCUUGAACAAAUACAAUUAUAAGCUGAGCUCUCUUUUCCCCCCUCACCAAUCUCACUGUGACAGUGUGGAGCUGAUGGUGGGAACUUUUCAUUAGAAUUGACCGUUUUUAGUGCUCCCAAAGCCUCCGAGAUGUCUGGCUAGGGGCUAGAUUGUGACAGAAUGUUCCAGAAUACACACACUCUGUCCAGAGUCAAAGCCAGAGUCCCCACUUAAAAUUGAGAGUCUCGACUGGCUGCCUUGCUGGCCCUGGCUUUCUCUCUCUCUCCCUCUUUCUCUCUCAUUCACUCACACACAGAAAUAUCUCAUUUACAUGUACAUAAGUAUUCACACCCCUGAGUCAAUACUUUGUAGAAGCACCUUUUGCACCGAUUACAGAUGUGUGUCUUUCUGGGUAAGUCUCUUAAGAGCUUUCCACACCUGGAUUGCGCAACAUUUUCCCAUUAUUAUUUUCAAAAUUCUUCAAGCUCUGUAAAAUUUAAGUCAGAUUUAAGUCAAAACUGUGACUCGGCCACUCAACAACAUUCACUGUCUUGGUAAGCAACUCCAGUGUAGAUUUGGCCUUGUGUUUUAUGUUAUUGUCCUGCUAAAAGGUGAAUUCAUCUCCCAGUGUCUGGUGGAAAGCAAGACUGAACCAGGUUUUCCUCUAGGAUUUUGCCUGUGCUUAGCACCAUUCCGUUUGUUUUUUAUCAUGAAAAACUCCCCAGUCCUUAACAAUUACAAACACAACCAUAACAUGAUGCAGCCACCACAAUGCUUGAAAAUAUGACAGUGAUACUCAGUAAUAUGUUUGGGGCAAAUCCAAUACUUUGUAUUCAGGACAAAAAGUGAAUUGCUUUGCCACAUAUUUUGCAGUAUUACUUUAGUGCCUUGUUGCAAACAGAAUGCAUGUUUUGGAAUAUUCUUAUUCUGCACAGGCUUUUGUCUUUUCACUCAGUAUAACAGUAAUAUUUAUUAUCUUAUCUCUAAUUUACAUUCUGGUAGUCUGAUGAUUAUGCAGCAUUUUAUUUUGGGACAUUUCAAAUGAAUUCAGUGCAAAUGUCCAACAAUAGAACGGUACAGUGACGCUUUUGUUGCAGCAUUGUCAUGAGUCAACUCACAACAGGACGAUGAGCAGAUUAAUUCUCACGUCACGAUCCCCCAAUGGAGAAAUGUGCUCCCUGAGAGUCAAUCUCCACGCGGACGCACACUAACGAGCUAAUUGAACCCCUCACUGUCUUGACUUAUGGAAAAUAAAAAUAGAAACCGUCAGAGUAACACCGUAACACACCGGAGACAGAUCUGUUCUUGUUUCCUUGGGCUCCUUUUUGAGGUGUGUCUGACUGAUGGUGAGGCUCCUUCUCAGGUCCCCCUGUGUGAGUGUGACAGUGAGGUUUUAAAGCCGUCAGUCAGUCCAUCCCUGACGACGCUCGAUGCUUGGCCCUGCUAUUUAAACUGAGGCAGCAGCAAGCACAUAGGAGGCGCAAACGUUUUCGGCUUCGGUUGCUCGCGCUCCUCGCACUCUAAAAAUAAACAAAAUUUUUCCAACCAGAGCGGGAGGCAUGGGAUCGAUGGAGGAGGCCGAAGAGGGAAGGAACGGGAGCGUUCUGCCCCGUCAGGAGAAGGGGCAAUUGGGGUGACCAGAGUGGGGUGACCCCCUUGCCCCCCACCCUGACCUACACCAGCCAGGCAGAGCUCCAGGAGGUGGAGAGGCUGAGGCUGAGAGUGGAGCUGCUACAGCAGGAGGUGCACCUGCAUCAGGUAAGAGGCACAACUAUCAUUCAUAUAUAUAUAUAUUGUGAUGGCCACUCCAAUACCUUGACUUUGUUGUCCUUAAGCCAUUUUGCCACAACUUUGGAAGUAUGCUUGGGGUCAUUGUCCAUUUGGAAGACCCAUUUGCGACCAAGCUUUAACUUCCUGACUGAUGUCUUGAGAUGUUUUAUGCAGCAUUUUAUUUUGGGACAUUUCAAAUGAAUUCAGUGCAAAUGUCCAACAAUAGACGUGGUCCUCUGUAGCUCAGCUGGUAGAGCACGGCGCUUGUAACGCCAAGGUAGUGGGUUCGAUCCCCGGGACCACCCACACACAAAAAUGUAUGCACGCAUGACUGUAAGUCGCUUUGGAUAAAAGCGUCUGCUAAAUGGCAUAUUAUUAUUAUUAUUAUGUUGCUUCAAUAUAUCCACAUCAUUUUCCUUCCUCAUGAUGCCAUCUAUUUUGUGAAGUGCACCAGUCCCUCCUGCAGCAAAGCACCCCCACAGCAUGAUGCUGCCACCCCCGUGCUUCACGGUUGGGAUGGUGUUCUUCGGCUUGCAAGUCCCCCUUUUUCCUCCAAACAUAACGAUGGUCAUUAUGGCCAAGUUCUAUUUUUGUUUCAUCAGACCAGAGGACAUUUCUCCAAAAAAGUAUGUUCUUUGUCCCUAUGUGCAGUUGCAAACUGUAGUCUGGCUUUUUAAUGGUGGUUUUGGAGCAGUGGCUUCUUCCUUGCUGAGCGGCCUUUCAGGUUAUGUCGAUAUAGGACUCGUUUUACUAUGGAUAUAGAUACUUUUGUACCUGUUUCCUCCAGCAUCUCAAGGUUCAUUUGCUGUUGUUCUUGAAUUGAUUUGCACUUUUCGCACCAAAGUACGUUCAUCUCUAGGAGACAGAACGCGUCUCCUUCCUGAGCGGUAUGACGGCUGCGUAGUCCCAUGGUGUUUAUACUUGCGUAUUAUUGUUUGUACAGAUGAACAUGGUACCUUCAGGCAUUUGAAAAUUGCUCCCAAGGAUGAACCAGACUUGUGGAGGUCUACAAUUGUUUUUCUGAGGUCUUGGCUAAUUUCUUUUGAUUUUCCCAUGAUGUCAAGUAAAGAGGCACUGAGUUUGAAGGUAGUCCUUGAAAUACAUCCACAGGUACACCUCCAAUUGACUCAAAUGAUGUCAAUUAGCCUAUCAGAAGGCACAGUCAAUUUAGUAUGUGUAAACUUCUGACCCACUGGAAUUGUGAUACAGUGAAUUAAAAGUUAAAUAAUCUGUCUGUAAACAAUUGUUGGAAAAAUUACUUUUGUCAUGCACAAAGUAGAUGUCCUAACCGACUUGCCAAAACUAUAGUUUGUUAACAAGGAAUUUGUGGAGUGGUUGAUAAACAAGAUUUAAUGACUCCAACCUAAGUGUAUGUAAACUUACGACUUCAACUGUAUAUAUAUAUACCGUUCAAAAGUUUGGGGUCACUUAGAAAUGUCCUUGUUUUCGAAAGAAAAGCUUUUUUUUUUGUCCAUUUAAAAUAACAUCAAAUUGAUCAGAAAUACAGUGUAGACAUUGUUAAUGUUGUAAAUGGCUAUUGUAGCUGGAAACGGCUGAUAAAAAAAUAAAUAAGGAAUAUCUACAUAGGCGUACAGAGGCCCAUUAUCAGCAACCAUCAGUCCUGUGUUCCAAUGGCACGUUGUGUUUGCUAAUCCAAGUUUAUCAUUUUAAAAGGCUAAUUGAUCAUUAGAAAACCCUUUUGCAAUUAUAUUAGCACAGCUGAAAACUGUUGUGCUGAUUAAAGAAGCAAUAAAACUGGCCUUCUUGAGACUAGUUGAGUAUCUGGAGCAUCAGCAAUUGUGGGUUCGAUUACAGGCUCAAAAUGGCCAGAAACAAAUAACUUUCUUCUGAAACUCAUCAGUCUAUUCUUGUUCUGAGAAAUUAAGGCUAUUCCAUGCGAGAAAUUACCAAGAAACUGAAGAUCUCGUACAACGCUGUGUACUACUCCCUUCACAGAACAGCGCAAACUGGCUCUAACCAGAAUAGAAAGAGGAGUGGGAGGCCCCGGUGCACAACUGAGCAAGAGGACAAAUACAUUAGUGGCUAGUUUGAGAAACAGAUGCCUCACAGGUCCUCAACUGGCAGCUUCAUUAAAUAGUACCCGCAAAACACCAGUCUCAACGUCAACAGUGAAGAGGCGACUCCGGGAUGCUGACCUUCUAGGCAGAUUUGCAAAGAAAAAUGCAUAUCUCAGACUGGCCAAUAAAAAUAAAAGAUUAAGAUGGGCAAAAGAACACAGACACUGGACAGAGGAAGAUUGGGGGAAAAAAAGUGUUAUGGACAGACAAAUCGAAGUUUGAGGUGUUCGGAUCACAAAGAAUAACAUUUGUGAGACGCAGACCAAAUGAAAAGAUGAUGGAGGAGUGCUUGAUACCAUCUGUCAAGCAUGGUGGAGGCAAUGUGAUGGUCUGGGGGUGCUUUGGUGGUGGUAAAGUGGGAGAUUUGUACAGGGUAAAAUGGAUCUUGAAGAAGGAAGGCUAUCACUCCAUUUUGCAACGCCAUGCCAUACCCUGUGGACGGCGCUUGAUUGGAGCCAAUUUCCUCCUACAACAGGACAAUGACCCAAAGCACAGCUCCAAACUAUGCAAUAACUAUUUAGGGAAGCAGCUGAUAUUCUGUCUAUAAUGGAGUGGCCAGCACAGUUACUGGAUCUCAACCCUAUUGAGCUGUUGUGGGAGCAGCUUGACCGUAUGGUACGUAAGAAGUGCCCAUCAAGCCAAUCCAACUUGUGGGAGGUGCUUCAGGAAGCAUCGGGUGAAAUCUCUUCAGAUUACCUCAACAAAUUGACAACUAGAAUGCCAAAGGUCUGCAAGGCUGUAAUUGCUGCAAAUGGAGGAUUCUUUGACGAAAGCAAAGUUUGAAGGACACAAUUAUUAUUUAUAUUAAAAAUCAUUAUUUCUAACCUUGUCAAUAACUACAUUUCCUAUGCAUUUUGCUAUAUUUCCUAUUCAAACUCAUUUCAUGUAUGUUUUCAUGGAAAACAUGGACAUUUCUAAGUGACCCCAAACUUUUGAACGGUAGUGUAUAUACACACACACACACACACAGACACACACACUUGUAACAGGUAGCUAAUAACACACCUUUUACACAUUUCUACCAAGAGUCAUGCCGUUACACACCUGUGCCCUGUAAAAGUUGAUUUCUCCACAAAGGUCAAUAUCGAGACUACUGUGUGUUUUUGCGCCUGUGUGCAUUUGUCACUUUUUUGGUGUGUGUUUUGUUUCUCUGACAGGCUCUCUCUGACACCAUGGUUAUGCUCUCCGCUCCUGGACUUCCCAACCCCGCCGCGCUCCGUGACAUUUACUCCCUGCUUGGAGAAGGAGGGGUGAUGUUCCCUACUCUGGUCCUGGACACGGAACCUGACUAAAGGAACAGGUCAAAGGAACCGAACUGGCCAAAUCAUCUGGGUCAUGUUUAUUAGGGCACACGAUGCAACGGAAAACAAAAAUGAACAUUUCUAAUUGGACAAGUCCAGGUAGCCCCUCCCUGUUUCAUUCUGUGUUCUUCCGUUUUGUGCCUAAU